UAUGAAUAUUCAUAACCGCCACAGCUCUACAAGCGGCCUCACCCACUGUCAGUCUCCGGAUGAAUUUCUUAUCUUUCCGCGACUUUAUCGCCAGUCCCCGUUUCUUUGGACUUUGUCAGACUUUUGUGAGGAUUUAGGGACACCGAUCAUCAGCAAAGGUCACAUUCAUCCGGUUACGCUGCUGCGAAGCGUUUGAUUGACGUCUGGAGGACCCGCCCUUACUUUAAAUCCACCUGCGCUUUUGAAAACUCACCCAACUGAACGCCACGAGCCCCCCGGAAGGACGCAAGCGCUGUUUGAAUACGAUUAAGACCGCAACCCUACCGAUCCAACUCACGCCUUUAGCGGUCUAUAUAAAGCCUGUAAUCUCGUUUCUGCAUUAGUUUAAUCUCUCCGGGAAAAGACGGACCUCCACCGCAAAGAUGAUGCAAAUCACAGAUUCAUACAACCAGAAAAACUCCCUCUUCAACGCUAUGAACCGGUUUAUUGGUGCCGUGAACAACAUGGACCAGACGGUGAUGGUGCCGAGUUUGUUAAGGGACGUCCCGCAGGACCAGGAGGAUAAGAUAGAGAUGAAGACUUUCCCCCAUGGAGACAUGUACGGUUCAUAUGUGCUCCUCAAAUCGAUCAGGAACGACAUUGAAUGGGGAGUGCUUCAAGCCGACGAAAGACGCAAGGAUAAACACGGCGUAACGGCGGCUCUCGAGAUGUCCCGGAUCGAACCGGACGACGAGAGUUUGGAAAAGUUGUUUCAUUUUCAUCUAAACGGAUUGCACACGGUACUGUCGAAGCUCACCCGAAAGGCGAACACUUUGACGAACAGAUACAAGCAGGAAAUCGGUAUUGGAGGGUGCGGGAAUUGAAACGUGAUUCAGAGACGGAAAGUUCGCGCGAGAGUGUGCAGCCGGGAUUAAAGCCAAACCCCGUGUUGGCGCAUCUUCAUUUGCCUGGAUAGGAAAAUUAUGAUUUGUACUGUACCGAACAUGAAGGCGGUUUACAAGCCUACUCCCCUUGAUAUUGUUUGCACAACUUGGAUAUUGCCUUGGAAACGGGCGUUUAAAAUUAAAGCUUUAUUUAAGAAAACGAGCGAGCAUUUUAAAUUAUUUUAAACAUUUCAUGGAAGGAUUGAGUAACUUAGUUUCAUUAAAUAUAUACUGUAAUGAAACUAAAUAUGAAAGCACUAAUCAUGUAUUAAACGCACAAUUUUGCGCUUAAGUUUUUUUUACUUUAUUAUUUUUCUGUCAGUCACCCGUUCUAUAUAUGACGUCAUAAUCUAUGAUGAGGAAUCGCAUGAUGAUUCUGUUUAUCCUUAGAAUGAUGAAAGAUUCCAGGAGAUUACGUCACAAGGACUGUCGGCAAUCGUCCAAGACUAAAAAAAAGUUUUGCGUUGUGACUGUAUGUAUUUUCUUAUAUAAAAUCGUGUCAGAAAUAAACAUUUUGUAAAUACGUC